UCUGACUGCCUCCACACGUCACAAACAUGAUGCUGCCUUCCAUGAGCCUCCCUAGCCUGUCCUGGAUGCUGCUGUCCUGCCUGAUGCUCCUGUCUCAGGUCCAAGGUGAGAUGUCUCUGCCUCUAGCACUGGGUUCCCCAUGGAUGAUCAGAGCCAGGAAGAGAAGGAGGAAAUCUCCUGUGUGCCUCAGGAGUAAAGGUGAAGAUUCCCCAGCAGACACGCCCUCUGCACGGAUCAGCUGUCCCAAAGGCUCCAUGGCCUAUGCUUCCUACUGCUAUGCCUUGUUUAUAACACCCAAAACCUGGAUGGGUGCAGACAUGGCCUGCCAGAAGCGGCCCUCAGGACACCUCGCAUCUGUGCUCAGUGGGGCUGAGGCAUCCUUCGUGUCCUCCCUGAUCAAGAACAAUUUGAACGCCCUCUCAGACGUCUGGAUUGGGCUCCACGACCCCACCGAGGGCUUGGAACCAAAUGCUGGUGGAUGGGAGUGGAGUAGCUCUGAUGUGCUCAAUUACGUUGCCUGGGAGAGAAACCCCUCCACCAGCUCAUACCCUGGCUACUGUGGGAGCCUGUCAAGAAACACAGGAUAUCUGAAAUGGAGAGAUUAUAACUGUUAUGUGAACUUACCCUAUGUCUGCAAAUUCAAGGGCUAGAUGAGAUUGGAAGUCAGGGUCCUGAGUCUGGUGUGCAGCUCCUCAUAGCCAUGGAACCAAGACCCAUCUCGGAAGGGGAUUUUCAUCCCAUGUCCCCAACAUGACCACUUCCUUCAGACCUUCCCGCCUGUCAAUCAUAUUUCAGCUCUGUGUGCAUUUUCCAUGACCUGAGGUCUCAAAUAGAGUAAUAAAUAUCUUAUUCCAUAUUUA